AUGGGCGUCUACGAGGACGUCGCCAUCGCGGACAUGAAGUUCGACGGCGAGCUCUACACCUACCUCUGCCCCUGCGGCGAUUUGUUCGAGAUCUCCCUCGAGGAGCUCCACGACGGCGAGGACAUCGCCCACUGCCCCUCGUGCACGCUGAAGGUGCGCGUGCUCUUCGACGCCAAGGAUCUGCCGGCGCUGCCCGAGGAGGCGCUCCCGCAGUAG